UUCCCUCCCCCCUUUCCUCUCCUCUUUUUUUUUUCAAAAUUCGUCUCCCUCUACACGCGGCGUGUGUACGUCUCUCUCCGUCUGUAUAUCUGUGCCUCUCUGUCACAAUCACGUGCCGGUCGCGAUAAAUUUCGGCCGAAUUUCGAUUUUCGAAAUUUUCCUCGCGCCGAUCGCGGAAGCGGCGAUUUCGGGAGAUUAUCGAGGACAAGAUCGGUCGAUGAAUAUACAUAGUGAUGAUGAUUUCAAUGUUGAUGUAGAAGAUCGUUGAUGCGUACGCCGAUCUUUGGCGAUCGCGCGAUGAAAUUAUUUCUAUUUGCUAUAAUAAUUCCUUGAACUCGGAUGCAAUUAUAAUGCGAUAAAUCCGAGAUGAAGGUAUUAUAAUUCUCGAGCCGAUCGUCUCAUUAAUUUCCUUUCGUUUUGCGAUUAAUGAUUUCCCGAAUCGCGGGUAAAUCGACUCGUUCGUCUAAAAAUAACGACGACAUUUUCGGACUUUAAUAUAUGCUUAUAAGGUGCGCAGUGACGUGUCAAUUACGCUUCGCGAAAAUGUACGGCCAAAAAUUAUAAUUAUACCGGUCCUUCAGUCUUAAUGACUCGAGGAAAUGUCAAUGAGCUUAUCGUAUAUCGGAAAAUAUAAUGCGAUAAACAUGGGUGAUCGAAUGUGCCAAAUACGUCUGUCGAGCGCGACCAUUUUGUGCAGAGCUACAAAAGUGUUAAAAAUUAGCAUUUUAUUGAUUGCAAUAAGUAUACCGUGUUCUGUAUAUGUGUGUGCGCGCUAUAUAAGUAUACUACAUCUAUAAAUAUAAUCGGAAAUGAGGGGCGCGCGUCGGGGGAGCGGCGUCGGGCGAAAUAAAUUACGGAAAAUACGUCAAUCAGAUUCCAUUGCGUAAUAAAAAAAUACAGCAGCUUUUUCUUUAAAUAAGCGACAGAUCUUCCUACUCGAACCGAAAUUGUCGACGCUUGUAACAAGCCGGAAGCUAGGUUAAUUGUAUAGGAUAAGAUAUAGAAAAAAAUUACAAUGCAUUGUGUAAAUAAACAAAAUUAGAAUAAUAACGAAAAAUAAAAAAUAAUGGAAAUAAUGAUAUGGUAUCAUUGGAGGACAAGAUUUCAAAAAUGAUCUGUUCUAUAUGCAUUAAGAGACUGGAAGGUGUCCAUCGCUUUGCAAUGAUGGCAUACCGUACCCAGGAAAAGUUGAGAUCACAGUUCUACAAUAAUAUUGACAAUACGAAUCUUGUACAAGAUGAUGAGAUACAGGAUAUUAAAGAUACUGCAAAGAAGACAGAAGAUCGAGGAUUGUUACAUUCAAUAUUGACAAAAGGUGUGAUAGAAAUUUUAACUGAAGAUGAGCCACUGGAACCAUCAGAGUUAAAUUCCCAAGAGGAUAAACGUUAUACUCCAAGUAUGGAGGAAAUGGAGGUAAAAGUGGAUCCAAUGCUAUUUUUACAAUGCGGUAUGGAACAGUCUGCAUCAGAAGCUUCGGAUUCCUCAGACAACGAGGAAGAAAUAACAGGGACAUAUUCACCUGAGCCAUUACCUUUAACAAACAAAAAUAUUGAAGCAGAAGAAGAAGACGAAGAGAAAAAAGACGAAAGCGAAUCUAAAUUGUAUGAGGACAGUGAAAAAAUUACGUCUAACGCAUCAACCAAACCACACGAAUGUACAAUAUGUGCUCGAUCUUUUAUAUCGCAAAUUGGUUUGCAAAAUCACUUAUGGUCACACUUACCCAGAGAAAGAAGAUUCGACGGAAAGCCUAUUUUACGAUCUCAACACGUUUAUUCCACAAACGGUGUACUUCACACGAACAGUGAUAACAAUUCGUCCAGCAAUUUCAUCUGUCCAAUCUGCAGUAAAAAGAUUUCUACAAAGGGAAAUUUGAAGGUGCAUUUAGAGACGCACAGGCCUAAGGGAAAAUAUGGAUGUGAUAUAUGUGGGAGAAUUUUUAAAACGCAAUCGAAUCUAUUCAGACACAAGGAAUAUCAUGGCGGCAUACAGUUUCCAUGUAAUGUAUGCGGGAGAGUGUAUCCGACGAAUUCAACGUUACGUGCCCAUAGCAUAACGCAUUCGGACUUAAGACCGCACGCAUGCCCACUUUGUGAUAAAACGUUUAAGCGAAAUCAGGAUCUAAAAUUCCACAUAAAUCAGCAUACGGGUGCGAGGCCUUAUCAGUGUCCUUACUGUCCGAAAGCUUUCGCGAGCUCCGGCAAUUGUUUUUCACAUCGUAAAAGAAUGCAUCCUCGAGAGGUCCAUCGGGAUCGACAAAGAGCGGCGGAUUUAAUGAGAUGAACCAUGGGUAGUCAGUAUGAGGACUGGUCUUAGAAUCUCAGAGAAAUAUUCUGUCGAGUGAUGAUCGUAUAUUGAUCAUGUAUCAAUAUCUGUCGUAAACGUAAAUUUAUUUCCAAAGAGUAACGGUGCUAAUGUAUGAAAACGGGAAAUUUUGUAUGCUUUAUUGUUUUUAACUUAUUUAUAUACAUUUAGCAUUAAGUAUGUUGUUGUUGGUAUUAUAUACUUUGUUAGUUAUUUAAUGGAUAUGUCUUUCUACUGUCUCAUAGGGAUGUUUGUUAAUAUGAGAUAUUGGUGAACUUCCAUCGUUGUUAGUGAACCUAGCAAUGAAGUACUUUACUACAGUGACAGAGAAAGUAAGUUUGAAAUUUCAUAGCCAGAUUUAAGUAUUGAUACUUCUAAUCUUAUUUUCGAAGCAUACUAAUGCAAGUAUAUGCAUUACUUUAAUAAUAGAAAAUAAUCAUUGUUAAAUGUUUCUAGAGAUAUAAGUAUUAUUUAAAGUUGACAGAUGUUAUUUGUUAUUAGAAAUUAACAUCAGCAUAUUUUAUUUUUGUGAUAAAAAUGUCUCCACACUGCCAUUUUAUAUAUACUUU